CGGGGGCGGAGGCGGGAGCGGGGCCACUCGGCGCCUCGGGCUUCCCCUCCUGCCUUCAUCGCGGCUCAAGACUUUGGACGAGAGGGAGGCGGCGUCGGGCUCGCCCAGCUGUCUGCCAGGCUCUCCCCUCUCCUCCUCCUCGGCCAUGGGGCGCUACACGGGGCAGACGUGCCGGCUGUCCUUCAUGCUGGUGCUGACGGCGGGCUUCUUCGUGGCCGAGCUGGUCUCGGGCUACGUGGGCAACUCCAUCGCGCUGAUCUCGGACUCCUUCAGCAUGCUGUCGGACCUGGUGGCGCUGUGCGUGGGCCUGGCCACGGGGCGCCUCUCCCGCCGCAAAGGGCCCCGCUCGCCCGCCGCCUCCUUCGGCUCGGGCCGCGCGGAGGUGGUGGGCGCGCUCAGCAACGCCGUCUUCCUGGCCGCGCUCUACUUCACCAUCCUGGUGGAGGCCCUCCAGCGCCUGGCCCAGCCCCAGGGCAUCCGCGACGCCUUCCUCGUCCUCCUCGUCGGCGCCCUCGGCCUCGCCGUCAACCUCCUCGGACUCCUCGUCUUCCAGGACUGGGCCUGCUGCUGCCGCCCUCGCCGCCGCCACCCCGACGCCCCCGCCCCAGACCCUCCCGCCGGGCUUGACAUCGAAAUGGCCCCCUCGGAAGGCGGGAGCGCCGAGCAAGACGGCCAAGACGGGGCCCAGAGCGCAAGCCAAGCAGGUGACUCCAUAAGUAUCGAGAAAUCGUCUCAGGAGGAGGCGGUACAGAAAAAAGAGAAAAAGUCUGAAGCCCUGAACAUCAGAGGUGUCCUUCUGCAUGUGAUGGGAGAUGCACUUGGUUCAGUUAUUGUUGUAAUUGCUGCUUCCAUCUUCUAUGCGCUCCCUCUUGAGGCGAAUGCCCCUUGUAACUGGCAGUGCUACAUCGAUCCAAGCCUGACCAUCCUUAUGGUGUUCAUCAUAUUGUCUUCAGCUGUCCCGCUUAUCAAAGAGACGGCCACUAUUUUGCUACAAAUGGUUCCCAAGGCUGUUAAUAUGCAAAUUCUGACAAACAAACUACUGGAAGUGCCUGGGGUGAGCAGCAUUCACGAGGUGCAUGUUUGGGAGCUUGUCAAAGGGAAGAACAUUGCUACGCUCCACCUCAAGUGUGACUCUAGGUCUGAUUAUGAAGAGGCUUCGUCCAAAAUGAGGGAGGUCUUCCAUGAAGCAGGGGUCCAUUCCGUCACCAUCCAGCCAGAGUAUCUUGACUUCAAGAGUCCAGAGAUCCUCUGCAGCUCUCCGUGUAUCUCCAAAGCUUGUGACUCUCACUUGUGUUGUAGUCAGCAGGAAACCUUCCUUGCUCAGGUGAACGGCUACAAUGGGAAAGGAGGCCUGUCUCCAACUCUGCAGAAAUCUUUCCAUAAGAAGGACAUGUGGGAAAUUCCCAAGGAACCCACGUGGGCUGAAGAUGUGGUCAAAAAGAACAGUUGCACGAAAGACGAUUACAAAGAGGAAAGCACUCCCAAACCUAAACCAAGCAGUACACGAUUUUAGAUCAUUCAGUGCAUGUUUUGUAAUGUUUCUUUUCUAAGGUGUCUUUCUGAGGCAAAGCUUCCCUUGGCUAACAGGCACAUAAAUGCUGGCAAGUAUUUGCCAUGGUUCUGCAGGAAACAUUUGACAGCUUGGUGCCAAAUUGGUACACAUGCACACAGAUUGCAACUGAAGUGAGUGAUAUUUGCUUGUAUUGAAAGAGCCAUGUAGAAAGUCAUAGCAUCAUAAGUUGGAAGAGAUGCCAAGGGCCACCCAGUCCAAUCUCCUGCAGUGCAAGAACACAAGUCAAAACCCUCCCAACAGAUGGCCAUCUACCCUCUGCUUAAAAACAUGAGUGGAAGGAGGUCCUUCCACUCAUGUAGGGCAUGUAACAAAUUUCUCUAUUAACUUCAUGGUCUCAUCUUAUAAAAAAGUGAGUGAACAACCCAUUCUCCAAGAAUAGUUGUGACUUCUACUAAAACAGCAAGUUAUUUGGGUGUAAGCACUUCAAGUAUAUUUGUUGCUGUCAUGUGCCUUCAUAUUGCUUCCAACCUGUGGCUACUUAAGAUGAUGCUAUCACAGGGUUUUCUGUGGCUGAGUUUGUGGCUUGACUUGCUCAGGGCCACCCAGUGGGUUUUUAUGACAGCAGGUCAUAAUCCAACUCAAACCACUAUGCAACACAAAUAUACUCAGUGAAAUUUUGUAAAAUGUUUCUUUGGGAAACAUGUCCAUUUCUCUCAAGCGUAAAUAUUUUGUGGCCAAGUGUGCUUCAGACUGAUUUACUGAACUGGCAUGCAGAUUGCAAACCUUUUAGUAUUGUGUGAUUUUACUGGGCUUGAGGUGCUUUAUUGUUAUGACAGAAUGAAAGAAGACAAGAAAUUAAUCUUACCUUUUUUUAAAAAAACCCACAACAUACCUUUAUUUACUUGUAAUCAAGAUGAAUGGGGAGAAGGACAGACCACCUUGAGUUCAUAGAGAUAUUUAAAUUUAGAAUAGGAACUAAGGAAGCAAAACCUAUGAAAAGCAGGAUUUGAUGGUCUCAGAAUCAGCCUUUUAUGGCUGCUUUCACUGCAUUUGAAUCAAAUUAGGUGAAAUCAGUCACCUAAUUUGGAGACAAUAAAGACACUUUGCAUGGCUGGUCUGAAAAACUGAGAGCAGUAUAGAUGGAGAUUACAUCAUUUAUUCACUCACUGAAUUCAUUCAAUCGCCACAUCAUUCUUUCUCCCUCUUGCAGUAAUUAUAAGAUGCUGUAAACAACUUGAAUAUAAUGUGUCAUGUGAAUGGAGCAUUACUGUGAAUAAUUAAAGAUAAAUGUAUGUUUUAUUAAUAAAGGAGACUGCAAUCUGCAGCACCCUUGAGUCUGUACAUAGCAGGUUUACUUCUAUGUAAGUUUAGCACUAGAAGGGGAUGCCUAUCAACACUUAAUUCUCCCUCCCCCCAUUAUUUAACACAUGGUGCUAUUCAAUGUUGUAUUUAUUCAAAUUGUGACACUGUUCAAGUUGUUUUGAGGGUUUAUUUUCAAUAUUAAUGUCGUCUUAGCAUUCAUUUUAAGACGUUCGUUGUUCAUAGCCCUACACCCUCCUUCUAAACAUCUUUACUGAGCUAUAUCCCAUUGCUUGGUUCCAUGUGGAUUCCAUACGAUAUAAGGAAUAGCUUGAGAAUUCAUAGUUGUUUGAAAAAUUGUCCAAAGUUAAUAAGUUGUAUCACCACUGAGCAUCAGAGGUCUUUGAACCAAUGAAAGCCAUAGUAAGAGACAUGCAGAGCUUAGGAAAAACAAUUUUAUCUAGGGGAUUCUGGGAAGCAUAUCCUAAAAAGGCAAUUUAUGCAAGCUCUGGCCAUGAAGACACAGGCAACCCAUAUACAGCUCCUUCUUUCUACUGAAUAUGGCUGAAGGAGGGAAAGACAGGAACCAAGUUAUGUCCUACACAUCAACGCCUAACAUUUCUUUUUUAUUUUUAAUCCAGAGGAAGGAAUAAUCCAACCGUCCAGUUGAUGUUGGAUUGCAACUCUAAGCUUGCUGGCUUGGAUAUCGCAAUCUAGCAAUGCCUGGAGGGCUGGUUGAUUUCUACCCCUGAUUUAGUUAAAUGUAGCAAUAUUUACAUUUACAAAUAUUUGUUAUAAACAACAACAAUAUUAGACUGCUCCAGUACAGGUAUUGCCCCCCUACAUGAUUCAGGAGGAGUGUAAAACUUUACAAACCCACUGACUAUUUAUGGAGAGUUCUGGGAUGCAAAUGUGUCAGCUCAUUUGGUGGAGUAAGAGCUUCAUUAGUAACAUCUUAAGGCCGAUAUAUGUUUUGUUUGUUUUUUGUCAUAGACCUCCGGUUGCACACUAGUGUAAAACCACAAGAGGUUUCUAAUCAGGGCUUUUCAAACUGCUUAUGUUCUACAUUUUUCUCAAAAUGAACGUGCACUUUACCAACAAUUGUACAGGCAACGUUUAUAUCCUUUUCUAUCCUAAAAAGCUUGUAUUCAAAAGUGUUCUUAGGUUGUCAUGAGCCUUAAAAUUGCCUUCUUGGCAAUGACCAAUGAGUAUAAUCAACCCAAGUAAUGCUGCUUGUUAUACUUAAUAGGAAGCCUCAUUGAAACAAAUGAUUACAUCUUUAUGUACAUUUUCUGUCAUUUAAUAAAAUGUUUGUAUAUAUUGUAGCAUAAACUGAGACUCAUGUUUAUGGUUUAAUAUGUGUUAAGUGGUAAUGUUUUGGAUUUUUUUUGUAUAAAUAUAUAAUCUAUUUAUAUUGCCUAAAUGUGAAUAUAAGCCUUCUCAUAAACCACUGUGAUUACAGUUCAAAGAAUACAUCUUCUUAAUUAAUUGUAUUGUGCAGGGUAUUGCCAGACUAACAAAAUGGUGUUAUUUUUUUUUACUUCUUAAAUAUACUCAGAACAUGAACAAUGAACAAGUACCAUAAUAUAUCUUAUUUGUGAAUGUAAAUAAUGUUAUUUCUAUAAGAUGAGUUUUUUAAAAAAAAGAAAUAAAUGUGUAAAUCUUG